AUGCCCCAGGUCUUCGACACCAUCAUCAUCGGAGCUGGCUGGGCCGGCGCUGUCGCCGCCCGCGACCUUGCCCACGCUGGCCGCAGUGUGUUAGUCCUCGAGGCGCGCGACCGCAUCGGUGGCCGUGCUCGCACCUGGGCUGCCGGUGACGCCCGUAUCGACCUCGGCUGCUCCUGGAUCCACGGUACAACGAGGGCAACCCCGCCCGUUGGAUUGCCAAGGACAUGGGCGUCGAAGGCCAAGGAAGACGAAUGUGGCACGCCCACCCCUUCCGCAAUCUACGGCCCCUCCGGCCCGCUCGAGACGCCGGUCGCCGCCCAGCUUGGCUCGGCGCUGGGUGCUGCGCAGGCUGCGUUCCGCACGCCUCACCCCGCCCCGGGACCCCGUGAGUCGCUCGCCGACGCUCUGUUCAGUUCUGCCUCGCCCCUCGGCAAGGUCGAGGACAAGUCUCUCGCCGAGGGUUUCGCGCGCACGCUCGAGGUUCCCCUCGGCCUGAAGCUGGAGCGCGCCUCGCUGCGCUGGGCCGGCUGGGAAGGUGCCACCAACUUCGCUGGUUCCGACGCUGCUCCCGAGGGCGGCUACGAGGCGCUCGUCGGCAAGGUCUUCCAGGACGCCGAGAAGCACGGUGCCGUCGUCAAGACCGGCGAGCCCGUCACAGGCGUGCGCGACAUGGAGUCUGGCGUCGCCGUGCAGACCGACAAGGGCAGCUACCAGGCGCGGACUGUGCUGUGCACGAUCCCGGUCGCCGUCCUCCGGCAGCAGCUCGGCAUCUUCCACCCGCCCCUCCCCGAGCGCUACCAGGACAAUGUCCGCGGCGUCAACGUCGGCGUGCUCGAGAAGAUGCUGCUGAACUACGACAAGCCGUGGUGGCCGCGCGCGAACGAGGUUGCGUCCUACAUCUUCCUCCCCACGAAGGCGCCCGGCGGCCAGUCGCUCAUGGACGUGCUCGAGUCGUCUACAAUCAUCACAGCAAACCUCGCCGGCCCCGCCCUGCCCGGCGCAACGCCCACGCUCCUCUCUUACCUGUCCGACACGCCUGCGCGCGCCGCGCUCUCCGUCUCGCCCGCCGAGGUCGCGCAGACCUUCCACGCCUUCCUCAAGAAGCGCCUCGACGUGCCCGACGCCCCCGAGCCGCGCGCGAGCGAGAUCACAAACUGGCUCACGGACCCGCUCUCCCUCGGCGCGACCACGACGCCGACACCCGUCAGCGACGGCGAGCGCAGCCCCAUGGACUUUAAGGAGCUCUCGCGCCCGACAUGGGACGGCAAGCUCGGUUUCGCGGGCGAGCACACCGAGAUGGAGAACCGCGGCAGCGUCGCCGGCGCCGUCGUCUCGGGCAUGCGCGAGGCGGACCGUGUGAAGCGCUACCUCUCCAAGCACGACGCGAAGAAGCAGUAG